GAGAGCGAGAGCGAGAGAUAAAAGAGGAACUCAACUCCAUUUUGUCUUCCCAUGAGACGAUUUUGAUCUGUGACUCUGUAUUCCUCACCUCUCUUCUCUGUCGGCAGACAGAAAAGCUCCCCUUGUGAGCUCUAAUGGAGUAAGCGCCCAGAAAACGGAGUUACAAGCUGUGUUUCUGUUUAUCUGACCCUUUUCUUCUUCAUGGGCGAGCUAGCAAUUGAACCCACUGGCUUCCCAUGUGGCUUAGAUUUUUCACAUUUCAUGCCUCCUGGCCAUGACAAAAAUGUCGGUUUUGUCUCGAUAUUCCAACCAUCAUCAACUUCCAAUCUCUCUCAUCUCCAACACCCUCCCUGUGGUGAGUCUGCUAUGAUUGAAGGAGAUUUGGUUGACCCUCUGCCUGAGAACUUCCCUGAGAGCAUGCUUGAUGAUGAAGAGAGUGAUGAAGACAUGGAUGUCCAAGAGUUGGAGCGCCGUGUGUGGAGAGAUCGGCUGCGUAUCAAACGACUGAAAGAGCAGAAGAUCUCCAAGAACAAAGACCUCGGCGAUGACAUGAAGCAUCGCCAGUCACAGGAGCAAGCAAGGAGGAAGAAGAUGUCACGAGCCCAGGAUGGAAUUCUCAAAUAUAUGCUUAAAAUGAUGGAGGUAUGUAAGGCUCAAGGAUUCGUUUAUGGAAUUAUCCCCGAGAAGGGGAAGCCGGUGAGUGGCGCUUCGGAUAAUCUUCGAGGCUGGUGGAAGGAAAAGGUUCGAUUCGAUCGCAACGGACCUGCAGCAAUUGCCAAGUACCAGGCUGAUAAUGGAAUACAAAGUCCUAACAGUGAUCACAAUUCCAGGCUUAUCAGUCCUCACUCAUUGCAAGAGCUUCAGGACACUACAUUGGGAUCUCUUUUAUCCGCACUGAUGCAGCAUUGUGAUCCUCCUCAAAGAAGGUUCCCACUUGAAAAAGGGAUUCCUCCUCCAUGGUGGCCUACUGGAAAGGAGGAGUGGUGGCCGCAGCUCGGCUUUACAAAUGACCAGCCUCCUCCUCCCUAUAAGAAGCCUCAUGAUUUGAAGAAGGCUUGGAAGGUUGGUGUCCUGACCGCCGUCAUCAAACAUCUUUCUCCUGAUAUUGACAAGAUUCGCAGACUCGUGAGACAAUCGAAGUGCCUUCAGGACAAGAUGACGGCAAAAGAGAGCGCCACUUGGCUUGCUGUUGUUAAGCAAGAGGAGGACAUUUUCAGAGAUCUAAAUCCUGAUGCUUUUCCCCCACCAUCUUCAGUGAGCAACUGUAAUGGAACAAUAUCAUUCAGCAGCAGCUGCAGUGAGUAUGACGUUGAAGAUGUCGACGAUGAUGAUGACCGAUGCGAGGAAGUAAUGAAGAAUCAAGACCCGAUCGACAUGAAUUCUGUGUUCAAAACAGGUGCAGGCUCAGGAAAUGAGGAGUUUAUAAAAAAGAGAGCUGCCGUGCUCGAACCCGAGAUGAUACUGAAUCAAGGAAGUUCAUUCAACUGCGAGAACACAAAAUUUCCGCGAAAUGAAUACCAGUCUACAAGGAACAAUCACAUGUAUCUAAACAGAUACCCAACAAAUCAAUCGGCUUUUCUCGGGUCUUCGGGUUUCCAGCUAAAUGAGAACAAACCACAAAUAUUAUCAAUGCCUCAGCCAUUGCUCAACCAGCCAAAGCUGGCUUCUGAUAACUUGCAGCCUGCAGUCACCAAUGCUUCUAGCCCUUUUGGCAUCUCUGGCCUUGGCCUUCCAGAUGAUGGGCAGAAAUUGAUUGCUGAGCUGAUGAGCCAGUAUGAAAGUAGUAUGAAUCAUGGUAAAGUUCCGAACGAGGUUCCGAAUGAGGCCAUGAGCAACUUCUUCUGUUCUGGCAAUGGCGGUGGUGGCAGCUUCAUUGAUGAAGGAAAUAAUCCUCAGUUAUGUCCUUUUCAAGAGGAUUUUGAGCAGAUAGAUCAGGUUUAUCAGACCCAACCAACUGAAAUCUGUAAUGACUUUAGAUAUGUCUCUUCUUUCACCACACCAGCCAUGGAAUUCCCGAUAUCUCAAGGGCUUGGGAACUGGUGUUUUCUGAAAUGAGCUUGCUGUGACUGCAAGGUAUCAAGGGAUUCAACAACUUAUAGCAGAAAUAUCUUAAGCUUGGCUUCAGGUGAUCUUCCUAGUAUAUUUUUGAUAUAUUUUUUCCUCUUUGUUGUUUAGGAAAUAGGAAGCCAGUCUCAGAUUGUGAUGCAGAGACCGACUAUAUUAGUUUUUUGGGCUUGAAUUCAUUGAUGGAUGAUGUAUUCUUGUGCUGUUGUGCAAGUCCUCCAUAUUGUUGGUUAUGUAUAUGUCAUGCUUGAAGCAAGUAGGAUUGGCUUAUCAUGUAGCUAUAUUUAUUGCUUUUAUCUACUUUAUAUCAUAUCUAAUGCUUAUUUCUUUGAUAUUGAAUUA